GUUACACCCGGGGGAAGGUGUUCCCGAGACCGCUCCCAGCCUCUCUCCGCCUCCUCGGCUCCAGCCCCCGCCGGCGGAGCUCCACUAUGCCAGACAGUUUCGACACUUUGCAAAGACAAAGACCAGAGGGAGGAGGAAGAGGAGGAAGAGGAGGAGAGAGAGAAGGAAGGGGAGAUGUAAGCUGGGAAGGGGGUGAGUGUUUGGGACACUCUCCGAAGCCCCUCUUCCCCAAAGCCCCGGAAAUUCCAGCGUGUCCCCCGCCGCGCUGGCACCGUCCUCCGCCUCGGCCUUUCUGACCUGGAGCUGCCAACGGGCGUCAUGCGUGUCGCCAGGGCCUGUGGUGGGCAGUGGCUCUGAGCUUUGUGGCCGGGACAGCUCCACCUGGGGACCAGAGAUGGACCGUCCCCCAACCCACUGAGAUGAAGAAACGGAGGCUCAGAGAGGUUAAGGCACACCCCAGGUCACACAGCGGAUGACAGACGACCCUCCGUGCCUUUGUCAAGCCCACUGCCUGAUCACCACCGCUCUGGUGACAGCAUGGUCGGCCAGCUCUAAAUAGGGAUCUUCGUACACCAUCCUUCCCAGGGGACAGUGACAAAGACAGCUUCCUUCUGUCCUGCACUGAGAACCUUCCUUCCAGGUCCUCGCCCCUGAGGGACCCGACACCUUCACCAAGAUUAAUUACCCCUCAACCCCUUUGGACAGAAAAGGAGAUCACUGGUAUUAAGUCUGAUGAACGUUUCAUCAGGAGACAGUACCGGUGGCCUGAGGUUUGCUGACGGACCAGCCUGCUUUAUUUCUGGAAGAGACAAAUUUUGUGCGAGAAGAGUCAUCCCACCCUGAAUGGUCCACGUGGCCUUUGGGGGUCCGUCAGCAAGACGAAGGGAAGUCGGCCAUAGCAGGGCUCGAGGUCCCCCCGGGAGUCCCUGCCUGGCCUUGGGACCGAGCCCCCACCUCUGGGCUUCUUCCUCCAGGUUCCUCCUCAGCCAGGCACGGCUUCCUCCCACCCACCCCUGGGAGUCCUCCUCAGGACGGCAGACAUGGCGACCAUGAGGAGAAGGACCCUCAAAGUCCUCACCCUCCUUGUCCUCUUCAUCUUCCUCACCUCCUUCCUCCUGAAUUACUCCCACAUCAUGGUGACCACCAGCUGGUUCCCCAAGCAGAUCGUCAUCGAACUCUCGGAGAACUUCAAGAAGCUGAUGACCUACUCCCACAGGCCCUGCACCUGCGCCCGCUGCCUCAGCCAGCGCGGGGUCUCGCCCUGGUUCGACGAGCGCUUCAACUGGUCCGUGCAGCCGCUGCUGACGGCACAGAAUGCGCUCUUGGAGGACAACACCUACAGCUGGUGGCUGAGGCUCCAGCGGGAGAAGCGGCCCAGCGACUUGAAUGACACCAUCAAGAUGCUUUUCCGAGUGGUGCCAGGGAACGUGGACCCGCUGCUGGAGAAGAAGUCGCAGGGUUGCCGGCGCUGCGCCGUCGUGGGCAACUCGGGCAACCUGCGGGGGUCCAAGUACGGGUCCCAGAUAGACAGCCACGACUUCGUGCUGAGGAUGAACAAGGCCCCCACUGUGGGGUUUGAGGUUGAUGUGGGGAGCAAGACCACCCACCACCUCAUGUACCCCGAGAGCUUCAGGGAGCUGGCCGAGAACGUCAGCAUGGUCCUGGUCCCCUUCAAGAUCCUCGACCUGGAGUGGGUGGUCAGCGCCACCACCACGGGCACCAUCUCCCACACCUACGUGCCGGUCCCUGCGAAGAUCAAAGUGAAGAAGGAUCAGAUCCUGAUAUACCACCCGGCCUUCAUCAAGUACGUCUUCGACAGCUGGCUGCAGGGCCACGGGCGGUACCCGUCCACCGGCAUCCUGUCCGUCAUCUUCUCCCUGCACAUCUGUGAUGAGGUGGACUUGUAUGGCUUCGGGGCAGACAGCAAAGGCAACUGGCACCACUACUGGGAGAACAACCCGUCGGCGGGGGCUUUCCGCAAGACUGGGGUGCACGAUGGAGACUUUGAGUCCGUUGUGACGGCCACCUUGGCGUCCAUUGACAAAAUCCGGAUCUUCAAGGGGAGAUGAUGCCUUGAAGGGGUACAGAUGGGUGCACCAGAGCUCGCCUCUCACGCCAGCCCCAGCUUCCGGCAGGAGCUGUUCCAGCCUCAGGGGUUCCAGCCCACGUACCCCUCGCAGCCUCCUGCACCCCAGCAUCUGACAGCACCUGUGCAGUAGGGUCACCGAGCACCACCGGGGCUGCAGAGCAUGUCUCAGAGCCGGCCCCGGGAGAGGAGACCCCUCGCUGCUUCGGAAGAUGGGAGAUUCCAUCUUCUGAAGACGCCUGUGUUUUAAAAGGAAGGACCGUUCCCCAGGAAAGAUGGGCAGAGACCUUCCUCGGCCCAGGGGUCCUGGGCUGAGUUCCAGACUCCGGUUCUUGCUGGUAUGUUUCUGAGUGAGGACGGCCUCAGCACAGGGCUGCAUGGGCCAUGUCACCACCGGGGGCAAGAUGACACCUUACCGGCACGACGCCUGGCCUCUCUCUCACUUGGCGUGACAGCCCUGUGUGCUCGCCCUGGAGGUCUGCAUCCUUGGCGAGCUGUUUCCGACUCCAGCAGCCGUCUCCUUGCCAAGCCGAUGUUCUCUCGGGUAAUCAAUCUGUCGUUAAAGUUAUGGCUGAGAGCAGAUCUGGCUACUUCCAUGUGCCUUUGUAUUUGGGGAGAAGUGCAUGCGCUGGCUGAAGUGAGGCAAGCACCCCAACUCCGGAAAGGGGACCCCGGGCAACCACCCCCGUUGCUCUUAGCUGGGGACGUCUUCUCAUUUCCUAAGGCAGCCCCCGAAUCGGCCCAAAGCUCAGAAACCGUGGAACAUCACUCCUUUUUCCACAGACUGCUGGACGUGGUGCCGUCACCUCCGAAGCCCACAGAGAGGGUCUUCCCCACCUGCGUUUCCCCCGAGGGCCCAUGUUCUGGGCCCGGUCCCUGCUGGCCCGCUGCAUGGUGCCCCAGGGUGGGGUCCCCUAGGAACGCGCCUGUCGGAGCAGGGAGAGUCGUACCUCAUUCUCUCUUUCUUCCUCGUCAACCUUCCUGAUUAUUUAUUGAUUUUUUUGUUGUUGUAUUCAGCUGACAUCACGUGCACUUUCCGGCUCUGUUGCUGGUCCUGGGGUUUUGAUGAAGCUUUCUCCUGCUCUACGCAGCAGCUGGGGAGUGGGGAGCCGUGUGCUCCGUUGGAAUCCUGACUCGGGGGCUGGGGGUGCCGAGGAUGGGUAACUCCUGGGGCAGGUUGGUGGGCUUGUGGAAAGCCCUGUGCCUCCUUCCCUCCCUGCUCCGCCUUCUCGUUUCUCCCUGGGAUCGUGGGUCCAGCCUCAGGCCGGACACUCAGGACCCCUGGGACCGGUGAGAAGUGGAGUCCUAGGCACGUGGGGGAAGCGAAGGUUGGCCCCAGUGACUGACAUUCAUCAGAAAAGCCAUUUUCCCUGUUGAGAGCAUUUCCUAAAAGGCCGCCGCUACUCUGAGGAGGUGUGACAGGGCCCUUCCUAGUGGCCUGUGAAGGGAGCCGGUCUCGGAGCCAAAGGGCCUGCCUCCUCUGCCCCCUGCAGCGCCCUGGCCAGCCCUGCUCUCCUGGCCUCAGUUUCUCCUUCUGCAAAUGGGGAGAGAGGAACUGUGGGAACUCAGGGGGACACAGCUGGUGUCAGACAAUUCAAGAAAGUCCCCAGAAAUGGCAUGCCACAUUUUUUUCUGAGUCUGUACAUGUGAGCAUUUUCCUAGGGAAAGGUUUUAUAGCUUUUAUUAGAUUCUUAAAGAUUCAGAAUCCAGAAGGUGUUUUUUAAAAACAAACGAACAACAACAAAAAAAACUGUCCCAGCUGUAAAAUCCUCCAAAACUCCAUACUCUUGACUGAUAAAGGCUCGUAGGUUGCUGUGAGGACAGGCCACCACAGGGCACGCUCAAGGCGGAACCUGACGUGAGACGUGAGGGACUCAGUGAGCGGCAGGUGGCUGGCCGAUUCAUCCCAGGGACAGACCUUAGGGAAGAUGGUCACUGGGACAGUGGGACAGGGAGCAGUGUGACUGGCUCCUGAACCCCACUCCCCUUCUCCCGCAAGCCGAGUCUGUUCAGCAUGUCACGGUCAGGACCAGGAGCCUGCUUCUUUGGGCUUUGCAGCCAGAGCAGGCCCCCAAAGGCUGGGGAGGACAUGUCCCCAGCCAGGCUGCACGCUGCUCCGGUCUGCUGCCUGCUCCCUGUCCUGUCUCCCUCCUUCCCACCGGGCUGCUCAAGCUGUGGGCUUUCUUCCAGCCCUUGGAAUCUGGCUCCCCCAUUUCACAGAUGAGAACAGCAGUGCCCAGGGAGGGACAUGACUUGCAGAAGUGAGCUGAUUGUGACUGACAGCACAACUCAAACAUUUUGUGCAAAAAUGGUGCGACAGACUUCACCUUUAAAACCUCCAGGGGUGGGCUUCCCCAGGGGGGCUCCUCCCAUAUCUUGAGGCGCUGUCCCUGGGGGCAGGCUGCUGGCUGCUGUUCAGCCUCUGGCCACCGGCUGCCGCCUCAGGCUGUCAUGGGGGCUCCAGCAAGCUGUACUUCCUGCCUCAACGCCAUCCCCCCAGGGAGGGGACAGCUGUGUGCUCCGUAGCCCCAGCCAUGACACCUCCUUGUGUCUUACUCAGCAAAGGGGACUGACAAAACAAAGUAAGUACAUUGUGGCUGGGAUUACAAGUAAAUGCAUCAAUUGUCUCAAAGCAACAGGACCCAUAUGGCUGGUAAGACCAGCUGAGGGUUGGACCCGAGUGUUUCUUGUAAGACAUUCGAUGGCACUGUGGGCAACAGUACAAGUCGCAGCCACUCAGGGAGACUCUGGCAGGUCCACCACCUCUCCACCCUCCCCGACCUCCCCACCCUCCUCAUGGUUGGGUGCCUGGGGCCUAGGGCUCCUCCGUCAUCCACCCUGCAGGCAGAGAGCUCCUUGGAGACCCGCUGAGGGCCCAGCCAGGGUGCAGAGAUGCCCGAGUCUGCAGCCGUACAGGCAGGGGCCGAUGAGGGAGAGAGAGCCCAGCAGCAUCCCAGCCUUCAACCCCACUCCCCGCCUCUGCCCCUUCCCCAGAGGGCCAGGAGCGGGAGACACCUGUACGCUCCUCCCCCAGGAUGCCCCGCCCUCACCCACCUGUUGAGAGAGAAAGGAGGCAGGUCCGUAGCCUCUGGCUCCCAGAGUGACCUGGGGCGGAGCAGGUGGAAACCCUCAGGUGUUGCCCAGUAAGCUACCUGGGCCCGGCGUCUCGGGAGAAACCAGCUGAAAGAUGCGAUAGGCAAGCCAGACGUGGUGGAGCGGGCGGUGCGUCGUGGUCUCUGCUGCGGCCGACGUGUACUGACUGGGCCUCUGGGUCAAAGGUGCAGUCAGUUACAAAUAUUGGAACUGCUGUUUGCCUGCCCUCUCCAAGGCAGCCUGACCCCAGAGAAAAUGAAAAAAAAAUGAAACUCAGGAAAGAGUCACCUCACCUCUCCGAGCCGUACCUGCCUCACCUGCCACGCACGGUCCCUUGCUCGCUUGUCUGGGAACCGCAAGGCCCGAGUGGCCGCUGUCUAGCGUAAGGUGGCUGGACGCUGGCCAUGUGCCAUCCAGACUCAGCACUGUCCUCUCCCUCGGACAUCUGGGUUUCAGCCACUGGGCCACAGGCCACCAGCUAGCUGGUCACCCUCCCCUGGUGCCUGGGCUGGCCAGUGGGGAGGUCGAGUCAGCUCUCCUCCGCUCAUUUGUCCUGGACACCAGCUCCCGACCCGGGGGUGCUUUGAGACACCUCUGUGCGAGGAAAAGAAGGGGGCUUAGGAGGAACAGCAACGACGGGCAGAGCGCAUCUUGCCUGCAGCAGGCAUUAGCACUUUCUUUCUUGGCAAAGAGCACCCUGCUUCCUCCGGUGGCCUCCCUCCUGAUGUCCCUGGGGACUCGUGGUAUCUGGGUUUGGCUACAGUACGGAUCUGCCAUCGGUGGCCCAUGGCCCAGGCCCUGAGCCAGAUGCCAGCUUGAACCCCCGCCCGUGUUGGGAGCCCCCGCCCCGCAGGAUGAGCCGGUGCCCGACCUCGUUAGCGUGUCACGGAAUUCACGUCAAAGCCAAAGUCUCCCGAGCACUUUUUCUUUUUGGCAAUCUUGUUUGCUUGGUUGUUGGUCCUCGAUGAUGUUCCCCACCCCCACCCCCCGGCCUCACCCUCGUGUUUGGCAGCCGGGCGUUAAUCUGGAUGCGUUUCGAGUGAGGUUAGCGAGAGUCGCCAUCCUCGGCCUCUGCUGUGUUUUAUUUAUUGUUGAACUCAUUUCCAAUGAUCUGAAUCAAAGUGAAUUAAAAAACAAGAGCUAUUUUA